UCCUAAUACGAAAUGGGGCUGAAUCAGUUCGCUCACUGCCUCUGCCAAGAUUAAGCACGAGCCACCGAAUCCACUUGUGCAAGCCGACGGCUCCGUGUCUUCGAAACACUGAGGACGACCUCUUUCCCUUUGCACUGCCCGCGCCAACUUGAAAUCAACCACAACGACCGAUCAGAACUAGCCCAUCAUGGCGCCCCGCCGUCGCCGUGGCGCCGAUAACGAUGCCGGCGACGAUGCCCAUUCGGACACCGAUGCGCCGAAAAACCGCCCGCCGAACACAGCGUUCCGUCAGCAGCGCAUGCGUGCUUGGCAGUGUGUGCUGACACCCAAACUUAUUGUCACCAUCUUCUCCAUUCUGGCCGCCAUCUAUCUCGGAUUUGGUGCUUAUCUGACAUACCUAGCACACACGGUCCGAGACAUUCGAAUAGACUACACAGACUGCACAAAGCUUGCCCGUGAUGAUUCCUUCACGCCGGUGCCUGAGGAGCACAUUACAGCGCAUUUCUCGAAGACAGAUGGCACGUACAAUCCGUACAACGCUGAAUGGAAAAGAGAAAACAGGACGGUUCAGGUCGCAGGCCAACGCCGCAAUCGUACCUACUGUUAUGUCAAAUUCAACAUCCCCGAGGAUCUGAAACCCACCAUCAGCUUCUUCUAUAACCUGGAGAAUUUCUACCAGAACCACCGCCGUUAUGUCAAUUCGUUCAAUGCCAAGCAGCUGUUAGGCGACGCUGUCGACGGCAAGACCAUCAACGCGUCCACCUGCGACCCGAUCGCCUACGAUCCGAGGGGUUCGGGCAAGAUCGUCUACCCAUGCGGCCUUGUCGCCAAUUCCAUGUUCAAUGAUACCUUUUCAACCCCAGUACUCCUUUCAGUGAAGGGCUCGAGUGCCUCGAACCAGACGUACAACUUCACCACUCAGGGGAUCGCCUGGCCUGGCUUGAAGGACCUCUACGGGGAGACCAAGUAUGACCUGAGUCAGAUUGUCGCGCCGCCGAACUGGGAGGAACGGUACCCGAAUGGCAGCUACACCGAAGACAACAAGCCACCGAACUUGAAGGAGGACGAGCAUUUUCAGAACUGGAUGAUGCUUGCCGCGGCGCCCAACUUCUUCAAGCUCUACCAGAAGAACGAGAAUGAGACCAUAGUAGCUGGCCAGUACCAAGUCGAUAUUGAGUCCAACUUUGAUACGACUGUGUACAACGGCCGGAAGGCUUUCGUACUCACCACCAUUUCCGCCAUGGGGUCCCGCAACAUUUGGCCAGGGAUCAUCUUCCUGAUUGUUGGCGGCAUCUGCCUGAUCCUGGACGUCUACUUCAUUCUCUCAUUCUUCUUGUGGAAGCCCCGCAAGCUGGGCGACCCGUCGUACUUGUCGUGGAAUCAGCCAUCCGCGCCUCAGGCACAUGCGUCGGCGUCAUGAGCGUGGAAUACCCGCCCUGUGGAUGGCGAAGUUAUGAGACGCUUUUCACUAGAGUUCUUAGGUUUUGGGAUUGUACGGCGCAGGCGGGCGGGGGCAUACAGUGUUCUAUUUGUCGCUUUUCUUGUCGGUAAUGUCUUGCUG